GAGACUGAGACUGGGGGCCGCUUUCUGGGAUUAUUUCCCACCCCCUCCUCUGAUCAAUAAAGACAGAGGUCUGUUGUAAGCCUUUUCUUUUCUUUAUUUUUUCCUUUUUCUUUUUUCCCCUUUCUGUUCGGUGGGGAGGGAAACCCACCACGUUAUUUCUUCUUUCUAUUUCUCUUUGUCCUUGUCCCCUCUCUUCCGCGAGGAUCAUUACUCGUGGGGAAUACCCGCCCACGUUUCUCAAUCAUGACGGCUGUCGCAACCGCUCCCGUGAUGAGUAACCAUGAUUCCGGGACCGAGCCUCGAACAGAGCACAGCCCAUCCCGCUUUACCGCGGUCAAUGGCAGAGAUUCGGUCACAUCCACCCCCCAUGGAGGACCGACUGCGGUUUCGGGAACGCUCAUGAACCAAGGGGAAAGGGCCGCUGCGGCUGCGCCAGGGCCAGCGGCACCAUUGAGCGACCAUUCGGAACCGUCGCGCGACAGCCUGGGCACUCGAAGGGAUCCCUACGACGACUCACAACGAUCCUCACCAUCGGGGCCUAACAAGCAUAAGCGGAAGCGAUCAGGGUCGGGGGAUCAGGAAGCCCAGCCACCAUCAGAGCCUAGCUAUCAUCACCAUCACCACCAUCACCAUGUCAGUCGCGGCUCGAUCGGCCAUUCAGAGGAACCAUCCCCUCUCCAUGCGAAUGGAGCUGGGCCUGGGUCGGUCUCCUCCGACAUGGAUUCGAUCAACCCGGUCGCUGGCUCGGGCCACCGAUCGGAUACCAAUGAAGCGUCGCAGCCUCCCUCCACGGGUCCUUGGCCCGAUUAUGAUACCCAUUUGAUCAGUCAGGCCCAGCGGGCGCAACAGAUCGACCCCUCGGAUGCACACUUGGCCGAUGCCCUUCAGCGAGAUGCGCAAGGCCAGGAGCACUCCCGAAACGGAAGCACCGACCGUUCCGUUCCGCCAGCCCCCAAUGUGCAGCCAGCCUCGUCCCCGACCUAUGUGUCCGAGCGUGGUGCUGGGGCAGUUCAAGUCGCACCCAAGCGGAAGCGUGUCUUUAGCAACCGCACCAAGACGGGAUGUAUGACUUGUCGCCGCCGGAAGAAGAAAUGUGAUGAGCAACACCCUGCGUGUAAUAAUUGUAUUCGUGGUGGAUUCUUGUGUGAAGGAUACACCUCUCGAAGUACCUGGCAGAAGCCGUCAACAACGAAACCACCUGUUCCAUUACAGUCCAAGGAAGGUUAUGCCGAUAUGAGUGGCCAAUACCUUCCAGAACCCACUGCCCAUCAUGACCGGCCACCCCCAGGGUUGCCCGAUCAUAUGGAUUCGCGGAAAAUGAGACCGUUGGGGGAGGAGAAUGAGCGGGUCGCUCAACCAUAUACUACCAGCCCAUCUAAUAACACAGCUCCUAAUCAUGCGGCAUCCUCAUCCUCGUCAUCAUCAUGGUCAAAACGCACCUGGUCGGGCCCUGGUCAUUCAGCGUACGCGCCGCCGGACCAUUUGGCCAAACCUGAUUAUCGAGAGGUGGCCCCCAUUCACGAGCUUCCUCCACGAGAGUCACAUCCAAAGCCGGACUACCCUAUGGUCCCUCCCAUUCGGGAAUUCUCCCAUGCACCCCCGCCGCCACCACCGCCAAAACCUAACAGUUUACCCCUGUUUCAUGGAACAACCGCAGAGCAGCAGCGUCCCAUGCCUCCGGCACCCGCCCCCGCCCCAGCGCCGACUCCCAUGCCGACGUCCGCGAUGGACACCAGUAGUCCUCAAACACAGGCGCGCAUGGCCCUCAAAAUUGAGCAUCAAUUAUCGGCCCGUGCAAUCAACGUGGAAGAAACCGAGAAGGACAAGAUGAUUCGCGGCGAACUUUAUCGGCCUUUCGAUCUGCAACUGGUGGAGGAGAGGGAUCGAUGCAAGCGCGCUCUUUGGCGAUUCAACAAUGCCUGUAACCCUCACUACGGGUUAAGCUCGAAGGAGCAGAAUCGACUUCUCAAGGAAAUCCUAGUCCCCCCCUUCGGGCUCGGUCGCCAACUCUCCAUCCGGAGUUGCAGUGCCUCAUUCCUCCGGAUUGGAGAAGAUGUGAUGAUACACCAGAAUUGUCUUUUUGUCGACGAUUGCGGCAUCAGCAUCGGCGCGCAUAGCUGGAUCGGCCCAAAUGUCACGUUGCUGAGUUCGAUGGCCCACUCCAGUAUGCAGGAGCGGAAAGGGUCUCAGAGUCGUUAUCAAGGUCGGCCCGUCAUCAUCGAGGAGGACUGUUAUCUAGGCGCGGGCUGUACCAUCUAUCCCGGAGUUCACCUCAACCGGGGUGCCUAUGUUGCGCCUGGCGAGGUGGUGAAGACCGACAUUGUUGCUUAUGGGUUCCAAGGAUACAAACCCAGUUAUAUGUGA